AUGACAAAUCUUGGAGAGUUGCAGUACUUUCUUGGGCUUAAGGUGAAGCAAGUUGAAGAUGGCAUCUUUGUGUUACAGAAGAAAUAUGUUGCUGAUUUGCUUAAAGUGGAUGCAAGGAGUUUUAGAAGUCUGGUUGGAGGCUUAAUCUACUUGACUAGUACACGGCCAGAUAUUUCUUUUACUGUCGGAGUUAUUUCCAAGUUCAUGCAUUGUCCAUCAAAGCAUCAUUUUGGAGUUGCAAAAAGGGUUCUACGUUAUAUUGUCGGAACAGUUGAUUUUGGGAUAUGGUAUGGUCAUGUCUCAGAGUUCAAAUUAUUUGCCUAUACUGAUAGUGAUUGGGCUGGUUUUUUGGAGGAUAAAAGAAGCACAUCUGGUUAUAUUUUUAGUCUUGGAUCAGCUACUGUAUGCUGGAGUUCAAAGAAGCAAACAGUAACAACCUUGUCUUCAUCUGAAUUAUAA